AAUAUUAGUUUGAGUUGCGUUAGCAAGCGAGACAUUUUAUACUUUAUAUAUACUAGGGUUACAAUAUGGACUCUAUUUUAGGCAUUAAGGGGAAGGACUUUGUGCUGCUUGCUGCAGAUACAACACUCAUCAAAUCCUUUUUUAUAAUAAAUAACGAUCAAUCAAAGAUACGCUCUAUAAACAAAUACAACGUUAUAUGUGUGGCUAGCGCUGAUGGCGACGCUUUGCAGCUUGUUGAAUUCGUUGAGAAGAAUGCCAAGCUGUAUGAAAUCCGCUCAGGUUAUGCUAUGUCCACCAAAACAUUGUCCCACUUUGCUCGCAAUCGUCUGGUGAGGAAUCUGUCCCGUAAAGCGGGCACUGUGAUAUCCCUGCUAGUCGCUGGCUGUGAUCCCAUUGAGGAGCCCAGGCUGUACCACAUUGAUGCCCAGGGCGCCGAGCAUAAGCUCAAUUUCUGCAGCAUUGGUAUGAGCAAUGUAGUAUGCGCCAGCAUCUUCCGCAUGAUGUGGCGUCCAAAUCUUACCUACUCGGAGGCUCUGGCCAUUCUCAAGCGUUGUAUAGCAGAGAUACAGAAACGCAUGGCGCUCAAUCUGGUCAGCUUUGAUAUAAUUCUAAUCGAUAAGGAUGGCAUUGCCAAAAAGGAGACUGUUAAGAAAGGCUAAAGUCAAAAUGUAUUAAAAAUUGCACGUGAC